CUAGAGGAACUACAAUACCCACAAGGCUCCGCAUCUCCCCCGCAAGUACUUCCGGUUGGCCUUGUGCUGUGAGGCCGAUGGGCGGUUUGGUAGGCGACGAUUGGAGAGCCGGAGCCGUGCUGGUUUGAGAUUGGUAAAUUGCUAUCAGCCCCCCCUCGAGACCCGGAAGUAAUCUCCGGUUGGGUCAUGUGUAGCGAGGAAUGGGAGUUUUGGACACGCGACUAGCUGUUCCACUGCUGGCGGCCUGAGUCCCAAGCUCCCCGCGCUCAUCAAAGGACUGUGACCCAUUGAGGACGCGGAGGCCGAGCGAUCCCCGCUGCUUCCCGCCACCUAAGCUGUACCUCAUGGAGUCUACAUUCAGCAGCUCUGCCGAGGCGGCGCUGCAGCGGGAGGCGGGGGCCGCCGGGCUGCUCACGCCUCUCGCGGACCUGGACCGAGUGUACGAGCUGCAGCGAGUCGUCGGGUUUGUCCGUGACCUGGCGUGCCAGCGGGUGGCCUUGCAGUUCCCCGACCAACUGCUGGGAGAUGCUGGGGUUGUGGCUGCACGACUGGAGGAGACCACGGGGUCGAAAAUGUUCAUUCUGGGGGACACAGCCUAUGGCAGCUGCUGUGUGGAUGUGCUGGCUGCGGAGCAAGCGGGAGCUCAGGCCCUUGUGCAUUUCGGCCCUGCCUGCUUAAGCCCUCCAGCCCGCCCGCUGCCGGUGGCCUUCGUCUUCGGUCAGCGUCCUGUGGCCUUGGAGCUCUGCGCCCAAGCCUUCGAGGCCCAGAACCCGGACCCCACCGCCCCUGUGGCGCUGCUGAGCGAGCCGGCCUGCGCCCACGCCCUGGAGGCCUUGGCCACUCUCCUUCGCCCACGGUAUGUGGACCUGCUUGUCGCCAGCCCAGCUCUUCCCCUGCCAGCGGGCUCCCUCAAUACAGAGCCUGAACCCCUGCAGCGUUUUGGGCGUCGCUUCCCGCUGGCCCCAGGAAGGUGUCUGGAAGAGUAUGAUGCUUUCUAUGUGGGAGGCUCUGGGGCCAGCUCUGACCCUGACCUCGAUCCUGACCUGAGCCGGCUGCUCUUGGGCUGGGCACCAGAGCGGUCCUUCUCCUCCUGCUGCCCAGACACAGGGGGGACCUGUGAUGAAGGUGCCCGGGCUGGGCGGCUAAGGGCACGUAGACGAUAUCUGGUAGAGAGGGCCAGAGACGCUCGCGUGGUGGGGCUGCUGGUGGGCACGCUGGGCGUGGCCCGAUACCGGGAGGCACUGGCACACUUGCGGAACCUGACUCGGGCUGCCGGCAAGCAUAGCUAUGUGCUAGCUCUGGGGCGGCCCACACCUCCCAAGCUUGCCAACUUCCCUGAGGUGGAUGUCUUUGUGCUGUUGGCCUGUCCUCUUGGUGCCUUAGCUCCCCAGCCUUCUGGUGGCUUCUUCCGGCCUGUAUUGUCACCAUGUGAGCUGGAGGCUGCCUGCAACCCUGCCUGGCCAUCUCCAGGCCUGGCUCCCCACCUCACACACUACGCAGACUUGUUGCCUGGCUCUCCCUUCCACGUGCCCCUCCCGCCACCUGAAUCGGAACUGUGGGACAUCCCAGAUGUGUCACUCAUUACUGGGGAGCUUCGACCCCCGCCUGCCUGGGAGCCAUCAAAUGAUCCUGGAUGCUCAGCCCUGACCCCACGGCCUCAGCUGGAGCUGGUUGAGAGUAGCCCCGCAGGUAAGCGUGCCAAGUCUCCACUCCCAUCGGAAUUCUCCCGGAUUCCGGCCACUCAGCUUCAGUCCCCUCUCUUUGCAGCCUCGUUCCUUAGUUCUCGGAGCUGGCAAGGGCUGCAGCCUCAGCUGGGUCAGACACCAGUGACAGGAGUCGUAAGCGGAAGACGAGGAAUUGCCAUCGCCUAUGAGGAUGAGGGAAGCAGCUGAUACCCUGUGGGGCCAGAGACACAGAUGAACUUAAGGAUCGCUGCUGACUCUUCCGGUCCCAGGUGCUGCAGGCUUCAGUGCAGAUUUGGCCAAGCCCAGGAACCACACCAUGCACAACCAGUUCCGAAAAUGGCACAGAAAAGGCAUCAGGAAGGAAAUAGAUCCAAAGUUCCUGAGAAACAUAGGCUUUGCCAAAAAGCACAACAAGAAGAGGCACGUCAACAACACUCAUGCCAUGAGCACACGUGCCAAGGCCUUCAUAAAGCCCAAGGAAGCCAAGCUGAGAUCCCAAAGGGUCAGCUGCAAGCUCAGUCAACUUGUCUACAUCAUUCACCCCAAACUUGGGAAAUGUGCUUGUGUCCCCAUCACCAAGGGUCUCAGGUACUCCUGGCCAAAGGCCAAGGCAAGGCUUAAACCAAGUCUCAGGCUGCAGCUGCAGCUGCCACUCAGGCUUAGGCUCCCAAAGGUGCCCAGACCCCCAUAAAGGCUCCACAGGAGAGGAGGCCUCUGUCUGCUGAUGUGAGGACAGAGGACUGGUGUGACCCCUGGACGACUAUCUGCAUGGAACUAGUGUCCUCCUGUGCUAUCUGUACAAAUAAACCUGAGGCAAGAUCUGUCAAAAAAAAAAAAAUCACUGCUAAGACCUUUUAGUGCUCCCUGUACCAACCUCACCCCUCUGCCAGGAUCCUUGAAGGAGCCUGGAUGGAAGGAGAGCAGGCAGCCCCUCACUAAGCAUAGGAUCCAGCUUUGUCUUGUACUGACACUGGCACACGGCUUAGCACAUACUGGCUUAGCAACAUGUUUGAUGUUUGACUGAUGGGGACUGAUUUGGGGCAUUCCUGGAGCCUUCUAGGCCCGUCUGUUCUAGGAGCAGCCCAGGACCUCUGGCCAAUCCCAGUUCCUGGUGUGCAAUUAAGGGUCUGUCCUUUUCAAAGGCAGGUUAUAGAUGGUCUAGACCAGGGUUUCUCAGCCUCCGCACAACUGAUGUUUUGGGCCAGAUAAUUUUUUAAAAUAUAUUUUUAUUGAUUUUUUAUAGAGAGGAAGGGAGAGGGAUAGAAAGUUAGAAACAUCGAUGAGAGAGAAACAUCGAUCAGCUGCCUCCUGCACACCCCCACUGGGGAUGUGCCCACAACCAAGGUACAUGCCCUUGACCGGAAUUGAACCUGGGACCCCUCAGUCCGCAGACCGACGCUCCAUCCACUGAGCCAAACCGGUUAGGGCAGUGAUGGCCAACCUUUUGAGCUCGGCGUGUCAGCAUUUUGAAAAACCCUAACUUAACUCUGGUGCCGUGUCACAUAUAGAAAUUUUUUGAUAUUUACAACCAUAGUAAAACAAAGAUUUAUAUUGUUGAUAUUUAUUUUAUAUAUUUAAAUGCCAUUUAACAAAGAAAAAUCAACCAAAAAAAUGAGUUCGCGUGUCACCUCUGACACACGUGUCAUAGGUUCGCCAUCACUGGGUUAGGGCAAGGCCAGAUAAUUUUUAUUGUGAGGGGCUAUUCUGUGCUUUGUAGCAUGUUCAGCAUCAUCCCUGAUUUCUGCUCACUAGAUGCCAGGAGCAUACACUUCCUGAUUGUGAUAAUCAAAACUAUCUCCAGACACUGGCAAGUGUCCCCUCUGGAAGCAAUUUGCCCCCAGUCAACUGGUCUAUACUUGUACUGUCCAGUAGACCAGCUAGUUAAAUUUUGAACAAUGUAAGAUUAAAAACUCAGUUUCCUGGUCACACUGACCACAUUUCACUGCUCAGGUAGCCAUGUAAGAGGACAGCGCAGCUAUAGGACAUUCCCAUCUUCACGGAAAGUUCUGGUGGACAGUGCUGGUCUGUACUGACGCUGAUUUGUUUCUCAGAGAGAUUACAGAAACUUGAAUAAAUCAGAUACUUUUUCUUCUGUUUCUUUUUACUCGUCAAACACUGCAGGUCCUGUGGGUAGAGAUCUGAAUUGUCUUUGAAUUUCUGUCCUCACUGUGUAAAAUUGAAGAGGGGUUAAAUAUACAGUCACCACACACUGAAACGGUACUCUGUGAGAAGGGAAGCCCACAGGGGCAGCUGGAGCCCAGAAGAGGCUUCUCAGAAGGGGUGAUAAGCUGAAUCACCUGGAGGGAAAAAAGCAUCAGGAGAGAAGACGUGAAAAGGACACUUGGAUAAAGGACACGCCAUUCUUAAACCAGCAUGGUGGGUGCUUUAGGCAGAGUGGAGUUGCUGGACCCUAAAGGUUGAGAGGGGUGAAGUGAAAUAACUCACUUCUUCAUUUCACACAUUUUCUGAGACUCUUGGCAUAUUGGCAAUGUCCAGGGUGUUGAACAUGUAACUUUCAGUAUGUUAAAAUCCAUAUCACUGUAGAGCAGCAGUUCUCAACCUGUGGGUCGUGACCCCUUUGGGGGUCGAACAACCCUUUCACAGGGAUCACCUAAGACCAUCGGAAAACACAUAUAUAAUUACAUAUUGUUUUUGUGAUUAACCACUAUGCUUUAAUUAUGUUCAAUUUGUAACAAUGAAAUUGGGGGUCACCACAACAUGAGGAACUGUAUUAAAGGGUUGUGGCAUUAGGAAGGUUGAGAACCACUGCUGUAGAGCAAACCAAUAUGUCAAAAUCAAAAGGGAUCAACCAGUUGACAAGAUAGAAUAUAUUGCAAAUGUAGUGUAAGCACCUUUAAAAUGUAUGUAUUGCCCUAGCCGAUUUGGCUCAGUGGAUAGAGCAUCAGCCUGAGGACAGAAGGGUCCCAGGUUUGAUUCCAGCCAAGGGCACGUGCUGGAGGUUGUGGGCUCAAUCCCCAGUAAGGGGUGUGCAGGAGGAAUGGAUCAAUGAUCCUCUCUCAUCAUUAAUAUUUCUCUCCCUCUCCCUUCCUCUCUAAAAUCAAUAAAAAAAUAUUUUUAAAUAAGUAAAAUGUAUGUAUAAAAUAAACAUUUGAGUGCAAAAAAUAACAUGUACAAAAUAGGAACAAAGUAAGAUUUAGAAAAUGGUAAAUGUGUAAAUAUAUAACUUCAACACUUAUAAAAUGAAUAAAUUUUUAAAAAUAUUUUGUUAUUGCAUUUAUUUUUUAUUUUUUUAUUUUUAUUGAUUUCAGAGAGGAAGGGAGAGGGAUAGAGAGAAACAUCAAUGAUGAGAGAGAAUCAUUGAUCAGCUGCCUCUUGCACGCCCCCUAUUGGGGACCAAGCCUGCAAUCUGGGCAUGUGCCCUU